AUGACUGUGGGGAUCUUUGCAAAUUGUUCGUUCUUUUUGAAAGUCAAGUGCCUAUCUCGCCAGCAGAAGAAAAAGCUACAGACGAACAUUAAGGAAAAUGGUGGAACAUUUUCCUUUUCAUUAACUCCUCAGUGCACACACAUAAUCUUAGACAAUGCUGUUGUCCUGAGUCAGUAUCAAGCAAAAUCUUUCCAAGAGAAGCACAUCCAUAUUGUAAACCCAGAUUUUAUACAUGAAUCUGUCAAAGAAAGGAGACUCUUGGACGUGAAGAAUUACAAUCCUAAUAAGUCACUGGGCAUCACAUUAUCUUCUUGUCAAAAGGAAAGCACUUUUGGAGUGGAAACAGAUGCUGCAUCCCUGGACAGUUCCACAGAGAAUGAAAACACCGUGGAAGUCACAGAGUUUUAUACAGAGAAUAUUGAAAUUCCUCAUUUUCCUGGAGAAUUUGAAGUUGCAAAAUAUAACACCUUGGAAAAGAUUGGGACAGAGGGCGGGAAGGAAAUUGUAGUGGUAGAACUGCGGUGCUUCCUAGAACGCAAGGACUGGCCUUUUCUAAUAACCUCAUCCUUCCUCCUGGACGAUGGCAGCAAGACUAGAAAACAGAUCUCUGGAAAGAAAACUUCAGUAGCUGCAAGUGAGUGCUAUGAAAAUUACAUCGAAGAACUGAAGAAACAAGGAUUUCUGUUAAGAGAAAAUUUUACACUGGAAGCGACCCAAUUAGCAUCUGAAAAACUGCAAGCAUUGCUUUUGGAGGAGGUAAUAAAUUCAAAUACUCUGAGCCAAGAGGUGAGUGAUUUGGUGGAGAUGAUUUGGACAGAAACUCUUGGUCACCUGGAGCACACACUUCUGAAACCAGUGAACACAAUUAGUCUUAAUGAUGUGAGCAAGGCAGAGGGCAUUCUCCUUCUAGUAAAGACGGCCCUGAAAAAUGGAAAAACAGCAGAACAAUUGCAAAAAAUGAUGACUGAAUUCUACAGAUUAAUACCUCACAAAGGUACAACAACUGAAGAAGUUAACCUAAGACUGUUAGCUAAGAAAGAGGACCUCUGCCAGCUAAUAAGAGACAUGGUAAAUGUCUGUGAAACUAAUUUGUCAAAACCCAACCCACCAUCUCUUGCCAAAUAUCGAGCUUUGAGAUGCAAAAUUGAGCAUGUUGAGCAGGACACUGAAGAAUUUUUCAGUAUUAAAAAACAGAUCUUGAAGAAUAAUCAGAGUAAAAGUCCAGUGGACAUCCUACAAAUAUACCGAGUUGGGAGAGUGAAUGAAACCACAGAAUUUUUGAGCAAACUUGGCAAUGUGAAGUCCUUAUUGCAUGGAUCGCCAGUGCGAAACAUUGUAGGAAUUCUAUCCCGAGGGCUACUUUUACCCAAAGUGGUUGAAGAUCAAGGCGUGAAACGAACAGACAUUGGCAAUCUUGGGAGUGGGAUAUAUUUCAGUGAUUCAUUCAGUACAAGCAUUAAGUACUCACACCCAGGAGAGACAGAUGGCUCUCGACUCCUGGCCAUUUGUGAUGUGGCCCUCGGAAAGUGUAUGGACUUGUACAAGAAGGACUUUUCAUUAACAGAAGCUCCGCCAGGCUACGACAGUGUGCAUGGUGUGUCGCAAACAGCAACUGUCAUCUCUGACUUUGAGGAUGAUGAAUUUGUUGUAUAUAAAACCAAUCAGAUUAAAAUGAAAUAUAUCAUUAAAUUUUGCAUUCCUGGAGAUCAGAAAAAGGACUUUCGUCCUCAUUGUAGUACUGAUUUAGAGGAAUACAUACCUGCACUUCCAAGUGUUUCAAAGGCUGAAGAUUACCAGUUACCAGAUACCAAACCUUUCAGCAACAUCAAAGCUGGUCUUCAGGAUACAUCUGGGAAUUUAGUUCCUCUUGAGGAUGUUCAUAUCAAGGGAAGAAUAAUAGACGUCGUAGCCCAGGUCAUUGUUUUUCAGACAUACACAAAUCAAAGUCAUGUGCCCAUUGAGGCUAAAUAUAUCUUUCCUCUGGAUGAUAAGGCAGCAGUGUGUGGUUUCGAAGCGUUCAUCAAUGGAAAGCAUAUAGUAGGAGAGGUUAAGGAGAAGAACAAAGCUCAUCAGGAGUACCAAGAAGCUAUCAGGAAAGGCCACGGUGCUUACUUGAUGGAUCAGGACGCCCCUGAUGUUUUUACUGUCAGUGUUGGGAACUUACCCCCUAAGGCUAAGGUUCUUAUCAAAAUUACCUAUAUCACCGAACUCAGCAUCCAAGGCACAGCUGCUGUCUUCUGCUUGCCUGCCGCGGUGGCACCCUGGCAGCAGGACAAGGCUCUGAAUGAAAACAUUCAGGAUACUGUAGAGAAGAUUUGCAUAAAGAAAAUAGGGACAAAACAAAGCUUCUCUUUGAGUAUGAACAUAGAGAUGCCGUAUGUGAUUAAAUUCAUUUCUAGUAAUACACAUAGACUGAAACAAAAGCGCACUGACUGCAAAGCUGUAAUCAGCACCGUGGAAGGUAGCUCCUUAGAUGGCAAUGGAUUUUCUCUCCGUGUUGGCUUGUCUGAUGCGUACCUCCCAAGAAUGUGGAUUGAAAAGCAUCCUGAGAAAGACAGUGAGGCUUGCAUGCUUGUCUUCCAACCCGAUUUCAGUACCUCCCUGCCUGAAACAGCUGAGAAGACUGAAGUGAUUAUCUGUCUUGAUUGCUCUAAUUCUAUGGAGGGUGAAGCCUUUUUACAAGCCAAGCAGAUUGCCUUAUAUGCGCUGUCCCUGGUAGUUAAGAAGGCAAAAGUAAAUAUUGUCAACUUUGGCACAGGUUACAAGGAAUUAUUUUCAUACCCUAAGUGCAUUACCAGCAGUGAUAUGCCAGCAGAGUUCAUUAAGGCCGCAACACCUACCAUGGGGAAUACAGAUUUCUGGAAAACUCUCCGCUAUUUAAAUUUGCUGUACCCUUCUCAAGGGCUACGGAACAUCCUCCUUAUAUCUGAUGGGCACAUUCAAAACGAGAGCCUAACAUUCCAGCUCGUGAAAAGACAUGUCCAACACACCAGGUUGUUCACCUGUGGCACUGGUUCUACAGCAAAUCAUCAUAUCUUAAGGACUUUGUCCCAGUGUGGUGCCGGAGUAUUUGAGUAUUUUAACUCAAAAUCCAAGCAUAGUUGGAAAACACAGAUAGAAGACCAAGUGGCUAGACUACGCUCUCCAGGUUGCCACUCUGUCUCUGUGAAAUGGCAGCAGCUAAGCAUGAAUUCCUCUGAGCCCGUGCAGGCUCCAGCUCAGGUGCAGUCUCUGUUCCACAAUGACUGUCUCCUCGUCUAUGGAUUUAUUUCACAUUGCACACAGGCAACUCUCUGUGCAUUAAUUCAAGAGAAAGAGUUCUGCACAAUGGUGUCGACUACAGAGCUUCAGAAGACAACUGGAACGAUGAUUCACAGACUGACAGCCCGGGCGCUCAUUCGAGACUUUGAAUAUGGCGUUCUCCAUGAAGACGAAACACAUCACCAGAUGAAGAAACAGACCUUGAAAUCUCUGAUUAUCAAAAUCAGUAAAGAAAAUUCUCUCCUCACGCAGUUUACAAGCUUUGUGGCCGUUGAGAAAAGGGAUGAGAAUGAGUCCCCUUUACCUAAUAUCCCAACUAUUUUGGAACUUAUUGCCAAAGAAGAUGUGGACUUUUUGCCAUACAUAACUUGGGAGGAAGAACAAUCAGAUGCCAUCAUGAUACAGGCUGUUUCAACACCCUCUGAAUGGAAUGAAGAACAGCAACCUAAAUCUUUGAUUAAGAGGAAGAAGUCGCACAAGAUGAAAGUUUUUGAAGAUGCUGAAGUGUUUGGUGUAGCCCCACAAGUCCCAGGACAAUCUUCAGCACACAGUUUUGAAUGUAUACCUUUGGCACUGACAUUGGAUUCAUUUCAGACGGAUUUAAGUGAAGCAUCAUCUCAUAUUAAAGAAGCUGACAUGAAACCACCUGAAAUUGAACCACCUGAAAUUGAACCACCUGAAAUGCACCAAGAAUCCGAGGUCUGCCAUGAUAGUGGCACUUCCCUUGGAAUACACUCUGAUCCCGAUCCAUAUUCCCCUCACAUUUCCAGUACCGAUACUGAUACUUAUUUUCGUGGUACCGAAAAUUCGCCCAUUUGUUCAUUCUCUGAUGAAGACCUUAGUUUUGAAGCGUGUACAAAAGGACAAGAAUGCCUCCUAGACUUGAUUGCCACGUUUCUGGUCCUACAGUUUCUUCGAACCAAGUUGGAAGAAGAAGGAAUAAUAUUCAAAUCACUGAUGAAAAUAGAUGACACUUCUAGUUCCAGGAAUAUUCCCUGGGCUACUGGUGAAAUAAAGAAAGCAAAUGAAUGGGUGAGAAGAACUGAAGGACAGUAUCCAUCGAUCUGCCAGCGGCUUGAACUGGGUAAAGACUGGGACUCCGCCACUAAGAAGCUAUUGGGAAUUCAACCCGUAAACAUCACUUCUCCUCUCUACCGAGUUCUUCAUUACAGUCAGGGCUGA